AUGGAUUGGCAAGAGGCUAUUAGGAUCGGCAACGUGGAAGAACUACGGACGAUCCUGGGCCGCAAUUCCGUUGAAGUGAACACUAGGGAUCCCUAUGGACGAACGGUAUUGUACAUGGCCGUAUUGGCAGACCAGAAUGAAAUAGUCAAAAUACUUCUCGAGAACAACGCCAACCCAGACAUCGGGUGUCGAUGCGGAACAACCCCUCUCUCUAAGGCUGCAGAGCUCGGCAACCUAGAUGUUCUCACGUUUCUCCUACAGAAGGGAGCGAAACUCAACACUAGAAACGCUGACGGAGAGUCGCCCGAGGACCUCGCCUGGCACAACGGACACGAGGCGGUCCUCUUCCGGAUCAACCAACACAAGAUCAAGCGCGUGGACGCGUUCAUGAAAGCCGCAAAAAAGGGCUGUAUCACGGAGAUGCAAGGACUGAUGGCGAGUGGAGUAGAUCUGAGGCAUCGUGAUGCGCAAGGUGAUUCGGGGUUUGACCUGGCAGUUCAGAGCGGGCGUGUGAAUGCAGUGCGAUUUCUCCUACAGAGUGAUGCCGGUAUCGAUGUGUCUGAGCCAGAUAGCAGAGGGAGAGGGAUUACGCCGCUUCAUCGCGCUGCGCAAAACGGUCAUGAGGCAGUCGUGAGUCUCCUACUCGAGUAUGGCGCCCGACCCAACAUGAUUGAUUAUAGAAUGAUGACGCCGCUCCAUCAUGCGGCUCAGCGGGGGCAUACCGAAGUCAUCUCCACGUUCUGGCGAUACAUGGGCUGUGGGGUGCCAGUGGAACUUGAUGCCCUGGGACGUAAUGGGAUAACCCCGUUGAUGCUGGCUGCGAAACAUCGUCGCACCGUUGCUGUCAAUAGGCUACUGGAGCUGGGUGCCGACCCCUCGCUGAAGGAUGGAAUGGGGGAGACGGCAUGGGACAAAUGGAAGAACAAUCUUGACUGA